GUUCAGUACGAUUCAAUUUUUAGAGAAAAACGGGAAGAGGUGAAUUUGUAUUCAAAAGAUUUCAAAAAAAGAAAAGAAUUGAAAAGAAAGAAGGGAAUGACAAGGAAAAGAAAAACCGGGCGGGCACUUGUUUUAAUACGGCACAGAAAGUACAGCAUUUGGGCACGGGAGUCUUCCCUUUCCUCUGCCCUCUUCUCUCUCUCCCAUUCAAUUCAAUGCUUUACCGAACGCAAUUGUUUCCCCCCCCCUUUUCCUCUCUCCUCUCUCAAGGCACACCCACCUUAUCCCUUCUCUUUCGCUUUAUCAUUUAACGCUUUAAUUUCACUUUGUUUUGGCAAUGUUGGGCAGGCCAUGGAGUGCGCGUUCAAGAGCUGUAUCCGGACGGAGUCUGCCCCAAAGACGACAAACAACCUGGAUAGCGAAUUCUCAGUUGGCGGCGGCGGCGGCGGCGGAGUCGUUUCAGGCGACGAUUUCUUCGUCGACGACCUCCUUGACUUGUCUAAUGGAUUUCCUGAGGAAUACGAAGAGAGGGUGAAAAUGGAGCCUGAAAUUCAGCCAGCUCCACUUGUUAAGCCCGAAAUUGAAGAAGAAGAAGAAGAAGCUAAAGCUGCUGUUACUACCUUUUCUCCCAUUGAAGAUUUUCCUUGUCUUCCCGGCGGCGAGCAACAAACUCCGGCGGAUAAUUUGGAUAAUCUGGAAUGGUUGUCUCAUUUUGCGGAAGACUCGUUCCCUGGCUACUCGCUGACUCACCCACCCGGGAAGCAGACUGACCUUCCGGUUCGAGAGAAGCCCAGCCUUAAGACUCCGGUUCAGACCAAGGCCAGAAGCAAACGUGCCCGGACCGGCGUCCGCGUCUGGCUGAGCGGCUCGCAGUCGCUAACCGAGUCUUCCACCUCCUCGUCUUCCACCACCGUCUCAUCUUCGCCGCCGCGCUCUUAUUAUGCAUACCCGAAUCCGGGCCAGACCGCCGAGUGGCUUGUAGGGGGGAUGCCGCCUGCGAAGAAACAGAGGAAGAGGGCGGCGCAGCCCGGCGGCGGCGGAGAGGCUCAUCACCUGCAGCCGCAGUCCAGGCGGUGCAACCAUUGCGGCGUGCAGAAGACGCCGCAGUGGCGGGCGGGGCCGCAGGGAGCGAAGACUCUGUGCAACGCGUGUGGCGUGAGGUACAAGUCCGGGCGCCUUCUGCCGGAGUACCGGCCGGCGUGCAGUCCCACGUUCUCAAGCCAGCUGCACUCGAACAACCACCGGAAAGUGCUGGAGAUGCGGCGGAAGAAGGAAUCGGAAACCGCGGCCGUCCAGAGUUUUUGAAAUUCCUCCUAUAUGGUUUAAAAAUCAAAUCAAAGCUUUAGGUAAUUAGGUGAGUGGGUAGUAAUUAGGCGUAGGAAGAGUUAGGGAGAAAGAAAGGGAAAAGAAACUUUGUUUGUUUUAUUAGAGGAGUUUAGUUUAGUGUACAUUUUUCUUUACCUAGGGAUGGGUCCCUGGCCCUGGUUGGUGCGGUAGGUCUCAUUUGAGAGAUGACUUUAAUGUAAUGUAAUGUAAUUUUCCAUUUCAAACCAUUUCUCUCUUUAUUGAAA